UAUGCUUUACACCCUUCAGAUCACAUUUUUUUUAUUUUCUAUUUUUAUCUCAUAUCUCUAUGAAUGGGAAUGAUGAUGAUGACGACAGCAGGGAAAGAACAAGAGAAAUCCCAAUUAGCAACAGAGAUUUGUGAGUUAUUGACACGCGCCACCACUUGUGCAAAUCUUCACCACCCUUUUGCCAUGAAAUCACCCUUUAUCAACUGGUACCUUGUGCUUCGAGUUGACGAAAAUACGGAUACGUGUGUGAUAAAGAAGCAGUACCAUAAACUAGCUUUAAAACUGCAUCCUGAUAAAAAUAAGCAUUCCAAUGCUGAAACUGCAUUCAAACUUGUUUCCGAGGCGUAUCUCUGUUUAUCCGACACUAAAAGAAGAGCAGCAUUCGAUUCACAGUUGAACAGCUUUUCCUGCAUCAAAUGCAACACAAUCCCUUCUACAAACUACCACACAAAUGUAAAGAUUCAAGUACCAAAUCAAGAAACAUCUCAAAGAUCGAAUCGGAUCCAAAGGCGAAUGAAGGAUCUCCGAAACAAGCUCAAGGAGGAAGCAACCAUCAUCGAAAAAUGUCUGACAGCCAACGCAAACGCAUCAACACGAGAAUUUGGAAUCCGAUCAGAAAUCCCGAUUUUCAAUCCAUCAGAUUAUCAGUACAAGGGAUAUGGAUAUCCACAACACAGAUCAACCAAUCACAAGAAUCUUGAAGAUUUAAGAUCUGCCUUUAAAACAGGAAACAUAUUCAUGCAGAACAAGGCCACAACUGGUUCCCCUGUUUUUCAAUAUCGAUCGCAAAUAGCAUCUUCUAUGUCGAAAUUUGCUAAUUUAACAAGAGAUCGUUGAUUAAUAAUACAUGCAAUAAAGAUUCUUUUUUUUU